UAUUGUUUUAUGUUGCCGUUAUUAUAGUUGUAAUUUUCAGUAUCAUUACCAUCGGCAUACCUAGUGUUGUAAUUGCCAUCAUCACCAUUGUCAUUAUUGGCUAGAACUUUUGAAUAAUGAAAGCCAGUAAUUUCAUCAUCUGUAUCCACAUUAUCGCCAUCUCUGCUUUCUUCACAACCCAGCGAAGCCGGCCCUCCGCUUUCCCUAUUUGCCUUGACACUUCUCUCCUUGCAGACUUCUCGUGGCUCAAGUGGAUCUUUGUCAUGGGCGGAUUCUUCCUGAUUGCAGGGUCAUUGCAGGUCAACUACAUGUACGCGCCCGAGCUGUUCCCGACGGAGUCCCGCGCCCGGGGCUUCGCCUUCGUCCAGCUCGCGGGCAACGUCGGGGCGGCGUGCGCGCCGCUUGUCACGGACGUCGUGUCCCAGUAUGCGUGGUGGGCGGCGGGCGCGACCUUCGGGUGUGCAGGCAUCGUGGGCAGCUUCCUGUUGCCCUUCCUGCCCGAGACGAGGAACCAGCCGCUGCCGGAGACGCUGGAGGACGUGCAGAAGCGAGGGAGGAAGAAUAAAAAGAAGAGGGAGGACGCGGGCCAUGGCGCCGAAAACGCAGCUUACGUCGCGGAAGGAGAGUCGAGCGGGAAGGUCUAGCUGCCUCGGCGGCGGGGAGGUGCGAGGGGAGCCUGUAGUGAGAUGACACCUCCGCUCCUACUUGCCGCUCUCGCCCCUGUGUAUGCACACACCUGACGUCACCAAACCCCCACACCCCCAACUACCCCUGGCGCCAGGCCGUAGCGGAAACUAGAAGGCGCAGCAGGCGAUCCUGAAGGAGGCGCUGACGAGCGAUCGGGACGCCCUGGACAGGAUGAUACGGUAGUUAUUGAGGAGGAGGAAGCUGCCUGUUUGCCUACUCGACGUUUGGCCGUUUAAGAUGGAAUUUACGCGGAGGAGCUGGCGACGGGCAUGACGAGCGGGUGUUCGGCGCCAAGCCUUGUUGGCUAGUCGGCGUAAUUUCAAAUUCUUUUAUGUUUUAAUUCCUGUAUGUAUUUUUUCGUUUCUUUUAUGAAUAUGAUUUAUGUUGUUUUUAUUGAAUGAUUCCUAUUUUAUUGUCAAAGGAAAUUGAGCAAUCGUAAGGGAAGAAAAGUUAUAACGACCCUGUAACGAGUCUUGCUGGGCAGACUCGAGGGGACUGACCUUGGCGCCUGACCUUAUGGGUAUAAAAUGUCGGGUCAGUGCCCCUGAAAAUUUAGCCUCCAGGCUAGUAUAGUGGUAACGUGUCGGCUUCUCAUCCGAGGGGUCGGCGGUUCGCGCCCCGCCCAGGCGCGAGAAGUUGCAAUUGUCGCUCAGAGGUUACUGCUGUGGCUGGGCACCACGGUGGGUAAGGACUAAGCUCUGUCGCGUCAGCACUUACUGACACACGUUGAUCGAGCUGACAUCUGUCGGCAUAGGCCGGGGUCCCCCAUAGCCCGGGCGAGGCUCAGCUUCGCACAUCGGACUUAUCCUUAUCCACUGAAAAUUAGUUGCGACUUGCUUUUGGCUCUGUGGAAUACGUUCGGCUUUCCCUCAGAAAGCCGACGUUUUUAGCGUUUUAUUUUCUCUUACUCUAUGGAUAUAGCAGAGAUUCGUCAAUUUUAAGGUAUUGUUUAUUUGUGUUUUAUUUUGAUUGCUCUUUUUUGGUGGAGGUUUUUAUUAUUGUGUAUUGUUUUAUGGCUUAAUAAUAAUGAUGGUGACCGUACUGGCUUUUGCUUUUAUUUAUCAUGUUUCAUUGUUAUUGGUUUAAGAGUACAUAGAAACUAAUUUCUAACUAUACUUAAAUUAUAACUCCCCAUAAGAGAAAUGCGUGGAUUCGCUAUACUUUGCCACGCAAAUAAAAGAAGUGACUUGAAGUGAAACGAAGUUUUGUUGUGUGAUUUCAGUGCUUUAUUUAUUCACACCAUUGAUCACUUCAGUUGAAUACUUUAUCUAACUUCAGUAUCUCAUUUAAUUGAAUCAUGAUUUCAGUUACUUUCUCAUUUAACUUACAUCUCCUAUUUAUCUAAUGAAUAAUCAUUAUACCUUCUGAUGUUUGGUGAUCUAUCUGUGAAUUACGAAUCUCGAUAUACUAUGAUCUCAGUCUACGGUUUAAUUUGGGGAUGAAACGGUGACUGUUUUCCUGAUGCAGUGAUUCUUUUGAUUUUUGUUACUGAUGGUGGCUACCUGGUACUCAGAUGGGAGUGUUCAUUUCAUGACUUCUAUCGUGCCAUCCCGUUUUCCCUUUUGUUGUUUUCUCACGAUUGUCAGCUUUCUUACUCUUGUCAACAAGAGUUAUGCCGUUAUGCAACAUACGAUUUAGGAUAGAUGGACUGUCCAUUUGAUACAUGUAAAUUGCCGAUUGCGGCUUGUUUGAUACUUGGAAAGGACCUUUAAUGACGCCUAACGUCUGGUUGUUUACUUUCAUGUUUUCGUUUGUUUCUAUUAUUUGCCAAUUUUCUUGUUCUCGCUUAACGCGAGUUUGUCAUUAUGCAACACGUCGUCAGGCUUUUCCUUCGGUCAGGUUAGAUGCCUUACGCUACCACUUAACUAUUUCUAACCUGCUCAUAGUACUCGAACCCUCAUUGACUCAUAUGUGCCGAAACAGGAAGCACGAGAUUCACUCUCACUUGCUCUUGGGACUUUAUGUGUGAUUGAAAUAUCCCUCACCGGCAGAACCAUACCAAUGUUGCCCC